UUCACUAUUUUCUUUUCAUUUGCACUUUGAGUCUUCUAUUCGUAGUGCUGUUUCUCGUAACAUUGGCUUGUUUGCGAACACAGAUUUUGUUAUAAAAAUUCAGUUUAAACCACAAAUAUUAGCAGCAAUUAGACAAAAAUAAAUAUAGUUUGCUAACUGAAUAAGAACAGUUGGUUAAACGCAUUCUGUGAAAUUUUAGUUGUGAGUGAAAUCUUCAAUUUUAAGGGCUCAAGCUAAAAGAAAAAGAAUUGAAACCGAAUGAACGAGCACAAAAGCAAAACGAAAAGGUUGCGAAAAUAACAAUUUCGGUUGCUCAAGCAACAGUGGUGUUGCACGAAUUUGUAGGCAGACGCCACUUGCCACAUUUUCAGCACCAUUAGGUAGCGGGACCCACAAGUAAAAAUGGGUUACGAUUUACAUCGCUUUCAGGGAGAAGUGGAUGAAGAACUCACUUGCCCCAUAUGCUCAGGUGUUCUCGAGGAGCCGCUGCAGGCGGCAAUGUGUGAACACGCUUUUUGUCGUGCGUGUAUUAACGAAUGGCUCACCCGUCAGCCCACCUGCCCAGUAGACCGCAACGCAUUAAAUACCGCAAAUUUGCGCGCCGUGCCGCGUAUACUUCGCAAUCUGCUUUCACGACUUUCCAUCACCUGCGAUAAUGCGCCAUAUGGCUGCACAUUGGUACUCAAGCUGGAUGCACUAAACUCGCAUCUUGAAGAAUGCGAACACAAUCCAAAACGUCCAUUGCCGUGCGAAAAAGGCUGCGGUUUUGUUAUACCCAAGGACGAGCUAAAGGAUCACAAUUGCUUACGUGAAUUACGUUCUAUGAUACAUCAACAGCAAUUGAAAAUGGGAGAGCUUAAGACAGAGAUUGGUGAUCAAAAUUUGGUCAUCAAUGAGUUGAAGCGUGAGUUGCAACUAUUUAAAGACUUUAUGCGCGCAAUGCGCGUCUCCAAUCCAGCUAUGCGUGCGAUUGCCGAUCAGAUGGAACGUGAUGAGGUGAUACGCUGGAGUUCGACUUUGUCACGGGCACGUGUUACACGCUGGGGCGGUAUGAUCUCAACACCGGAUGAUGCACUACAAAUGAUGAUAAAACGUGCAUUGUCUGAAUCUGGCUGUCCACCACACAUACUGGAUAAUCUUAUGGAGAAUUGCCACGAAAGACGCUGGCCCCGCGGCUUGAGUUCACUAGAGACGCGACAGAAUAACAGACGCAUCUAUGAUAAUUACGUCUGCCGACGUAUACCAGGUAAACAAGCUGUGUUGGUUUUAAGCUGCGAUAAUGCUCAUAUGUCUGAAGACGUCAUGGUGGAACCGGGUUUGGUAAUGAUUUUUGCUCAUGGCAUAGAAUAAAUGCGCACAAUUCUACACGUAGACAUAUAGAAUUACACAAACAAUUUAAAGAAAACUUAAAAAAAGACAAACAAUUCAAUUGAAAUAA